AUGGAUCUAGCUAAGGAUGUGUUGCAUACUGUGCCCAUGUGGAUUCAGCUUCACAAGUUGGAUAUCAAAUAUUGGGGGGAUAAAAGUUUAUUCAAGAUUGCUGGCAAAAUUGGGAAGGUUUUGAAGACGGAUCAAGCUUCCUCCAAGAAAGAUAGAUUACAAUAUGCUCGAGUAUUGAUAGAAGAUGAAGUUAAUCAAGUGUUCCCUAAUCAUGUCCGUUUUGUCAAUGAGAAGGAUAAUAUUGUACAAAUUGAUGUUGUAUAUGAGUGGAAGCCUGAGAAAUGUGAAGGUUGUAAACAAUUUGGGCACAUAUGUGUGCAUUGUAAGAAGAAGGAUGACUCUAAAGUAUGGCAAAGGAAGGCUACUGCAGUUGAUAAGCCACAAAAGAAGAAUAUUGAAGCUGACACUGAUGGAUUCAGGAAGGUGGUGAGUUCACCUAGGUUACCCUCACAGAAGAGCAAUCCCGUGAACACUCAGAAUUCUUUUCAGGUAUUGGCAGUGGAGGAGGUUAAUGUGGGAGAUGUUGUGUGUGAAAUAGGUGUUGAUGAUGCUAGGAGGGUGGAAUGCCCUCCAGCACCAAAUGAGUAA